GUCCGAUUCGCGCAACAAGCACGUACGAGCGGGGGCCAACAGGACUUUCCCGGAAAGCUUGGAAACUGUGCUGCAUCUAGUCGUCGGCGAUCAAUGCAGCAGGCUGACCAGGACACGAAAGCCUCUUCGGUACCGCCAUACCUACCUCAAAUCUCCCAACGUUUCCAGGCCUUGAUCUGGUCAUGUCUCGAAGCUGAGUUAUACAAGUCUGCCUUAUUCUAUGCAGAACGAUAUUUUGCACUCGAGUCUACCAACCACGAUUCGCUUCAUCUCUAUGCCAUCGCGCUCCUUCGCGCCGGCCAUUCCCACUCCGCCCUCGGUAAAGUCAACACACCCGCGAGCUCAAGAUGUAGCGCCUGCCUGGAUAUACGUGCUAAAUGCUAUGCUGCGCUCGGGCGAAACAGAUUGGCCCAGGAAGCCCUGGAGGCUAGUCUUCGAGAUCUGCCGGAUACCUCGUCUUACUCAGGUGCUGGAUCUAAACACAAAUUUGCGUUUUCGAACGAGGCUGCUAUUCGAUGUCGAUCUGGUACUAUGGCAUUUAAAGGUAAUCUCCCUGACAAGGCUAGUCAAAGUUUCCGACAAGCACUUGCUCUCAGCCCAUUUUUGUGGGAGGCUUUUGAAGGGCUGUGUGCUCUAGGUGCCGCCCCUGAGAUAAACGAGCUUUUCCCAGCUCGGCCUCUACCUCUGAAGCAACAACCGCCCGAAGAGCAGCUUCCCUCGAAAGCCAUACCAGUACCAAUCGUGACUGGGGGUGGUUUCUUUACCCCGGAAGCUGGGCCGAGCAACACCCUUGCGCGAGGUCGCCGAAAUGCACCUCAACCAUUCCGCUUAGGACAUCUGCAACAAUCCCAAGACUCUUUCGCUGCCAACGAUUCCAUCUUUAACGCCGAGAACACUUUUCUACACCCGCCUCCCAUUCGGAACUCACGGUCCGACUCGGGCCCUACAGCAGGUUCGCAAGCUACUUCGCGACCCCUUUCAUCUGCCGAUGAGUCUGGUCCAGCGCAGAAGAAAUUGCGUGCUGCAACGCGACUACGUAGCGUCGAGGCACUUAAGCCCCUGAAGUCCAAAGCCAAAGAGGAAGACGCUCCGAAAAAGGCACGCGCACGCCCGGCCUUGACGUUUGCUAAUAUCUUCUCAUCACCCGGUCGUCAGUCUCAGCCCUUACCGUCCACUCGGACGACUACUACCGUCAUUGGCGCCCGAAAGAACGACCGACAUCCUGUGAACCCGACUCUUGCCCCGCGGCGGAGCACGCGGCUUUUGGGCGGGACUUCGACUAAGCCAACAACCAAGCAUCCACCUCCGCGGGAGCGUCGGCGAGAACUAAAGCUGAAUGAGUCCGAGGCUGACGACGACACGCUCCAGUCUGGCGACGUUCCAUCGUCGACUUCACCACGAUCCGACGUCUCCGCUGCGCCUAGUAGUGGUUGGACGGCCGCACAAGAACAACAGGCGCAGGAAAUCUUCGAGCAGGAGAUGGCGGACUAUUAUGUCUACGACCUCAUGAGGCAAUUCGCCAGUGCUGCGCGGGCUUUGUCCGUGUUUGACUGUCGCAAAUGUCUAGUGGAGCUGGAGAAGCUGCCUCUGGUUCACCAGCAGUCGCCACUCGUGCUGGCCAUGGUAGGGCGUGCCCAUUAUGAGAGGCUGGAAUAUGCAUCCGCAGAGCGGGCAUUCAAAGCCCUUCGAUCUCUAGACAAAUACCGUCUAUCGGAUAUGGAAGUCUAUUCAACAUUGCUGUGGCACCUGCAGCAAAAUGUGCAGCUUUCAUAUCUGGCGCAAGAGCUGAUGAACAUUAACCCUCGGUCUCCGGAAGCCUGGAUAUCAGUUGGCAAUCUCUUCUCUCUCCAGAAGGAGCGCACGCAGGCCCUCACAUGUUUCAAGCGCGCGGCGGAGAUGGACUCGACGUGCGCUUACGCGUAUACCCUGAGUGGCCACGAGUCUAUUGAUGAGGACUUGGAUAACGCGAUUAGCUUCUUCCAAGCCGCUUUGCGAGCUGAUUCGCGACACUACAAUGCCUGGUACGGCCUCGGUACGUGUUAUCUCAGGAUGAGCAAGAUUCGGCUCGCAGAGUAUCACUAUCGCAAGGCUCUCGACAUUCACCCCAACAAUGCCGUAUUGCUCGGAUGUGUGGGCAUGGCGGUCGAGCGGCGCGGAGAUAAGAUAGCAGCACUGUCGUUGUUCGACCGGGCGGUGCGCAUUGCGCCUGAUAACGCGCUUGUGCGUUAUCGACGAGCAAAAAUCCUUAUCGGCAUGAAAAAGUACUCGUUGGCGGUAGAAGAUCUGCGACAGUUGCGCGAUUCAUCUCCUGAGGAGUCAAACGUCGUGUUCCAGCUGGCAAAGGUAUAUCGAUUGAUGGGAGAUGAAGUGAAUUCGGCACAUUGGCUCGCAGUAGCCCGGGACAUGUCACCGAAAAGUGUGGGGAAGAUCAAGAAGCUCAUUGAGGCCGUAAAGGACGAAGAAGAGGACGAUGAAAUGGACGAGGGCUAGAUAUGGAUGGUGCUCAAAUUACAGUUAUCACGGACAUGUUCAUGUUAUUUUACUAUACGGAGCCGGGGCUGGCGCGGGGAAGUCACGUCACUGGCGG